AUGAGUAACACCCAGGCAAACCUUGGGAAGUUAUGGAUCUUUGAUCCAACGAAGAACCGAUGGGCUUCUUAUGAAAGCAUGCUGAGAAGAAUCUUGGCUGCUCGCACUAUUGAAGCUGAUGGUGAAAAGAAAGUCUUUCUUUUCAACCACAUCGGUCCAGCGGCUUAUGAGUCGUUAGAAGUGGCCAUGAACGGUCAAAAUAUGGACUCCAAGUCCUUCGAUGAACUCUGUAGAGUUCUCACGGGUAUCUUUGAACCCAAAGGUCUCGUUGCGUCUACGCGACACAAGAUCUUCACUGCAAAACAACUGGCGGACCAAACGUCCAAACAGUUUAUUCAGCAGGUAAAGUCGUGGUCUAUAAAGGCUGACUUUGAGAGUGUUGUGAACACUCGCGAUUUUGUCCAGGUCCAAGCAAUUAUCGCUGGACUGCAAGACAAAAAAGUCAAGGAAAAGCUCCUUGAAACUCCAAACUUGGACAUGACCAAGUUGGAAGAGAUUGUUGAACUCGUAGAAGGUUCACAAUCGGCUGCCAAAGAAAUGGCUGGCUCAAACGCAUCCGGCACUAUCGCCAGGCUGGAUAAAAAGCGCCAAAAGAAACCCCUUUGGGGUAAAUCAGGAAAGCCGAAAGGGCUUCAAGGAACUUGCUAUACGUGCGGUUCCAGCCAGCACAUGCAGCCUUAUUGUCCAAAAAGAGGACAAAGACAGCCUCCCACAAAUCAAGGGUACCAAAGACGCCAAAACGGCAGAAACAGUGGGAUAAGAGCUGUCCUACCAGAGUCUAGAUACGAUUCUGAGGUGUCAUCAGAUGAAGAUGAUGCUUGCCUUGCCUUGGAGCAAGAAGUCGAAGUUCGCAGGGUUUCAAUCCCUCCGGUCUGGCUAAAGGUCAAAUUGAAUGACAUUGAAAUAGCCAUGGAACUGGACAGUGGAGCAGUCCGGUCAGUCAUCCCCAAACCAGUAUGGGAAAAGAUAGGUCGACCUAAAAUAUCUUCGUAUACCGGAGAACUUCAUGGAUAUGGUGGUAAACCAUUGAAUGUGCUGGGAACAGCGUAUAUUGACGCGUCCUUUGGAAAGCACUCAGUAUUGACCGAAAUGGUCAUUGUCCGAGACAGAAAGGGUCAAGCCCUAUUCGGACGAGAUCUUAUUAGAGAUCUCAAGGUUGAUAUGGGACCUCAUGUCAAUCUCAAUUCGGUAGCCCCUUUGGAGGCCAAUAAAGAAACCGAGAAUACUCUGAAAAAUGAGUUUAGAGAGCUCUUUGAGCCUGGCCAUGGAACCUACAAAGGUCCAGCCGUUGAACUAAAGUUCAAGAAAACACCGGAACCAGUGUUCCUCAAAAGUAGACCUGUGCCAUUCGCACUUGUCGAAAAAGUAUCCAAGGAAUUGGAUAGAUUGGAAGCCGAAGGUUCACUCAAAAGAGUGAUGAAUUCAGACUUCGCAUCACCAUUGGUAAUCAUUCCGAAAGCCAACAAUGAAAUUCGACUCUGUGUUGAUUUCAAGAGGACCAUAAAUCCUCAACUCGAUGUCGACGAGUACCCACUCCCGACUCCUGAAUCGAUCUUCCAGCAGCUGAAUGGCGGAAAACUUUUCAGCAAGAUCGAUUUAAAGGCAGCUUUCAAUCAACUCAGGUUGUCAGAGAAAGCGCAAGAAUAUUGUACUAUCAGUACCUUUAAAGGUCUGUAUAGGUACACUCGCUUACCGUUUGGUAUUGCGUCAGCUCCAGCGAGAUUCCAAGCAACGAUCGAACAGAUCCUGCAAGGAAUACAAGGAGUCGCUGUAUAUCUUGAUGAUAUUACAGUCACUGGUCCAGAUGAUCAGUCCCACAUACAAAAUCUCAGAGAAGUCCUCAAGAGACUCCGAGAUUCUGGUCUUCGACUGAAGCCAGAAAAAUGUGAACUCUUUCAAGAGAGUAUUUCCCUAUUAGGGCAUGAGUUAAAUGCUGAAGGGAUCAGAGCUCUGCCAAACAAGGUAGAAGCUAUAACCAAAAUGCCAGCUCCAAAAGAUCUGAAGCAACUCGCUUCUUUUCUAGGCAUGGUUCAAUAUUACAGUCGCUUUGUAAAAGGACUAUCAGCACUCGCUGCUCCUCUAAACGCCCUCAGAAAGAAAACUGCAAAAUGGCAGUGGGGUAGAAAAGAGAAAGAAGCUUUUGAAAAGCUCAAAGAAAGGUUGACUAGUACAGAAUUGCUAGUUCAUUAUGAUCCAAAGAUCCCAGUUCGACUCAGUACAGAUGCCUCAGACUACGGUCUAGGAGCUCAAUUGGAGCAUGUAUACCCUGAUGGAAGCAUCAAGGUCAUUGGCUAUGCCAGUCGAACGCUCACUCCAGCAGAGAAAAAUUACGCCCAAAUUGAAAAAGAAGGGUUAGGGAUCCUAUUUGGUGUUGAGAAGUUUUCUCAAUAUUUGUAUGGACGAAAGUUCAUACUGCAAACCGAUCAUGAACCAUUGGUUCGAAUUUUCGGUCCGAAAGUAGGUUUACCUACGGUUGCAGCAAGAAGACUGCAAAGAUGGGCCAUAAGGCUUAUGCAGUACACAUUCGAAAUACAGUAUGUGUCAACCGACAAGUUCGGUAAUGCGGACGGGUUAUCUAGACUACCCGAUCCAGCAGAGAAACCUGAGAAGUUUCGUAGAAUGGAGGAGAGGCAUGUCUUGGCUGUUGAAGCAGAACAGUCUUGGCCGAUCUCGUUAUCCAAAGUCAGAAAACUCAGAUCUCGUCUCAAUAUUCUUCCUAGACAACCUCAAAAGGUUAGUAAAGGAGAACAUAAAGCGGUCAGCAAAUACCGUCAGAAACUCGCUGAAAAUGCGAAUAAAGGAAGACGCGAAAAGAAAUUCGCUCAAGGAGAUCUGGUAUAUGCCAGAAAGUUCAAUGACCCUAGAAUUCGUUGGAUUCCAGGUGUUGUUUCAGAACUCAUCGGUCAAAGGCUUUUAGCCAUUCAAACCGAAUUUGGUGUAUUGAGACGCCAUUACGACCAAGUAAAGCGUCGUGUAGUUGCUCAGGAGAGUGACUCAGAUUCUGAUGAAGAAUCUCAAGAUUUCCCUCAGUUUGGAAAUGGGGGAGGGGAUAUUGGCCGUGAAAGUCAUCAAGGUCAGAUAUCUGACACUCUGAAAACCGCGAUAGAGCGGACAGAUUCAGAAGACAACGAAAUGUCGACUGAAAAGUCAGAUCCCAAUUUCGAGCCUGAAUCCUUUGAGGAUGGAGCCGAAAUCGAUGAAUCCCCAAGUCAAGAUGAAGUCAUGGAGUCAUCCAGAGACACAUCAGUCACGCCAACCUCAGUGGUUCCUAACGCUGGUGUGUUACCUAGAAGAUCUUCCAGAUCACGGAAGUCUCCUAAAAGACUUCGUUACGACCCCAGUUUUAACCAAAUUGGAACGGUCACCGAAGAGUGGAAAGCAAGUGCCCUAUGUUCAAGUCUCGAUGGUUGUACCCGCUCGAUGGAACGCAAUCCCGAUGGUCAACCCAGUCAGUUUGGUCCCGGCGUGCCCUGUUGCCAGUCCGUGUUCCCGCCAAGCUCCGAAGCCAGUUCGGUGGAAGUGCCAAGCCGUGCCCGACUUGAGCACUUGGAGGAGAUGUGA